UCUCGGACCAAUCUCGUCCUGCUCUUUAAUCUCCACGGCUCUCUUCGUCCCACCCCCUCUCCCUUUCUAGCUGGCUGGCGCCGAGUUUCUCUCCGGAUGUACUGAAGGGAGCGUGUCUCAGAGCGGGCGAUAUAAAGCCUCCGCUGACUGGCAAGCGCGCAUGAAAGCUUCUGUCCUUUUUCUGAGAGGACUACACAGCGAGCCAAGCAAGGCACCAAGACGACCACCCCAAGACUUCUCACAUGACUGCUAUGAAUUGAACCUCACUACUCUGAAAUAUGACAGUGCUUCACCCUUUGUCUGGAUUAAUGCCUAUGUAAUCGUUAAUUUGCGCUCCCUCCCUACCUGUGUGCAAGUGUAAGCGGUUUCUGUGGUCAUGGGGUCUAUAAUGUCAUUUUUAUCUAUUCUGAAGGUCUUAAUCAUUCUCUAAAGCGGAUACCACCUGGAUCUAUGUUCCUCAAAGACAAAAGAAACAACGAAGGGAAAUUAGUGGAAGUUUGAGAUCAAGGAGGAUGCGGGCUAUGUGUUGGUGCGCCGUCUUUCUCCUCACACCAACGGUGUACCUGGUUUCAAAUGUUCAUGGUUCCAUCCCGGGGAAAUCAGAGUUACUCAAGUCAGGGAUCCCCAAAUCAACGUUAAAGCACAUAUGGACAGAGAGCAGUAAGGACUUGUCCAUUAGUCGGCUGCUGUCACAGACUCUGCAGGGGAAGGAGAAUGCCACAGCUCUGGACCUGCGCUAUGACACGCCUGAGCCCUACUCAGAGCAGGACCUCUGGGACUGGCUGAGGAACACCACUGACCUGCAGGACUCUCGGCCUCGAGCCAAGCGGCGGCCCAUGGUCAAGACAGGCAAGUUCAAGAAAAUGUUUGGCUGGGGAGACUUCCACUCCAAUAUCAAGACAGUUAAGCUCAACCUCCUCAUUACUGGCAAAAUCGUCGACCAUGGCAACGGCACCUUCAGCGUCUACUUCCGGCACAACUCAACGGGCCAGGGUAACGUGUCUGUCAGCCUGGUUCCGCCCACCAAGAUUGUAGAGUUUGAUUUGACAGCACAGCAGUCUGUCAUUGACGCCAAGGACUCCAAGUCCUUCAACUGUCGCAUUGAAUAUGAAAAAGUAGAGAAGGGCUCAAAGAACAUGCUCUGCAACUUCGACCCAUCCAAGACAUGCUUCCAGGAGCAGACCCAGAGCCACGUCUCCUGGCUUUGCUCAAAGCCCUUCAAAGUCAUCUGCAUCUACAUCUCCUUCUACAGCACCGACUACAAGCUGGUGCAGAAAGUCUGCCCAGACUAUAAUUACCACAGUGACACUCCCUACUUCCCUUCUGGCUGAAAAUUGCCAUCAAUGGCUCUGUGUAAAGGACAGCUGAGGCAAAGAUGGGGCUCUCUCCCCACACGUAACAAAUAUGUGUUUCUUGUAUAAUAUGAAAUAUGCCUAAAGUGACCCACAUUUAUUUAAUGUUUGAAAUAAAUCCAUUUUUUGUGCAAAUAUUACUAUUCUGACGGCAAAGUUAAAUUCUGCAGUAAAAGUCUGGUUAUUUUAGAUUUAUUUGUCAUUUCUAUUUUAGAUUAGUUUUAAUGAAAUAUUCAAUUGAUUAGUAUGUCUUAUCACAGUGGUAAGGAUAACAUAUUGGCAUUUGACAUCUAUUAUUAUUAUUAUUAUUAUUAUUAUUAUUAUUAUUAUAUAUAUAAAUGGGGGAAAAGCAUAACAUUUUAUUUUCUGCAUAUUAUAUUUUCAUUUCCAAAUGAUGUGCUGCAAGUGUUUGUUUACUUAAUAAGCUUUUAAUAUAUUAUAUGAUUAAACAUUUGUUUGUUAUUUGUUUCUUAACCCAGUAUCAAUAUGUGGAAGUGAAUACAGUAUCUUUUCUGCCAACAGUUCACCACAAAAGGUGCAAUAUGGAAAAUAUUAUGUCUAAGAUGAAUCAGUUGUACAAUUUCAAAAAUUGUUUCACCGCCCUGUCUGAGGUCUUGAGCAUCCCCUAGAUUUGCUUAAUUCUCUCUUUUGGAGCUCAGAGACCUGGCCAUGGAUGACCCAAAUGUGGUACACUUGUGGCUGAGAAAGUGGUUUCUACUGCAGAUGAACUAGGGGCAUGUUUUCUACAUAACAAAGUGAACAUGAUAAACCACGUUGUUCCACAGCUGUUCUGGCUAUGUUCUAGUACUGUAAUAAUCUGGGAUGGUUCAAACCUCACUGUCUCCUGUAGUGUUAAUACUAUCUAGCAGUGGUUGGAGGGCUUGUUCAUUGCCAUUAUAAUACACAGUAAUGUAUUCUAUAUCUUAGAGCUUAAUUUGUAUGAACAGUUUGUAUUGUACAUAGUCAGUCAUGAUGGAGCUGCUUCUGUAUAUGCCCUCAUCCACUGUCUGAUGAUUCUUCUCUUUCCCCAUCUCUCUGCCCCAUCCCAUAUAUGUUUGUUAUUGGUUUCUCAGUCAAAGAAAAUGGUGUUGCUGAUGUAGAUGUGAAUUCCAUGAAACCUAUGCUCUUGUACAGAGGCUGUAAAAGUUGUCAAAAAAUAUAUAAGUACUUACCACCUGUAUGAUCACGAUUACUUUCAGGGCAAGCUGGGAGUGGAGAUGUAUAUAUAUGAAUAAAAUACUGAAAGUUUUA